AUGACAGUCUGCUGCAGGAUCAGGAAAAGAAAAGUCUGGAGCUGUUGCCCAAAGAAUUGGAAGUCAUUUAGUUCCAGUUGCUACUUUAUUUCUACUGAUGCAAAAUCUUGGAAUGAGAGUCAGGAGAACUGCUCUAGAAUGGAGGCUCAUUUGCUGGUGAUCAACAGCAAGGAAGAGCAGGAUUUUAUCAUUCCAAAUCUGCAAAUAGAUGCGGUUUAUGAUGUGGGCCUGUCAGAUCCAGAGUGUCAGAGACAUUGGCAAUGGGUCAUUGGGACACCUUAGGAUCCGAGUGCCAUAUUCUGGCAUCUAGUCACAGACAAGAGCAAUGUGUUACACUAACUUUCUAUCAAAAUACAGGAUGGAACUUGAAUGAUGUGGUUUGUCAGCAUGAUUCUAGGUGUGCAGUGCCUGGGAGGAACAAAAACUAAAGCCAACUCCAACAAACUUGGAUCUUCAAGAAAGCCUAAAGAAAAGAAUGGGAAGGGCUCCUUCCAUUGAAAAUCAAUAUGCCUACUGAGAAAGAAAGAAGGGAUAAAGAGGUGAUUCCAACCUUUGUGGGGAUCUGGAAGAAGCACUCAGGAUGGCAGGUAAUGUUUGAGUGAUUGUUGUGCAUACUGUUUUAAUCUAGUUUCUUUUGCUAUAGUCACAUUUUCUACUCCUGCCUGCACCCCUGCCCCUGGGUGUCAGAAAGGAUCUUUAAUACACUA